AUGGCCGAGUUACUCGAUAAACCCCUCGACGAGAUCAUCAAGAUGGACACCGGCGGCGGCAACCGUCGCCGCGGCGGCGGCAAUCGAGGAGGCCGGGGCGGCAAGGCUCCCCACGGCAAGAACGACGGGUCCCGCAGACGCAGUCGCGAGAACUCCACUCCGUACGGUGUCACCCAUCGCAGCGGGGAGUCAGUCGCGGACAUCGCGAACGCCCCCAGCGGUGAGAGGACGCUGAAAUGCAGCGCAACCACAAACCCGAAGAAGUUGGCGGGUUCGAUCGCGUUGGUGUGCGAGGGUGGAUGCGGCGAGGCUCCACUUAUUCUCGCCCUGGGUGCGUCGUGCGUCAACCAGGCGGUCAAGGCCAUCGCCAUCUGCCGCAAGGACAUGCUGGAGCACGCGGAUCCGACGUACCUCUCGUGUUUCCCGUCGUUUCGCCAGCACAGAGAACAGAAACACGGCGCCCUCUCGCUGCAGUGCGACAAGGAAACCAAAGGACCGUGGAGCUCGUCCGACGUGGACCUGACCGUGGCAUCUGGGACCAACCCAAGCUCUACCGCGGGUGCCAUCGCCGGCAAGAUCAGGGAGGGGUGCAAGGUGGCCGUGCGCGCGUGCGGCGCCGAUGCCGUCAACAACGCAGUCGCCUCAGUCGCGUUUGCCCGUCAAUAUCUCAAGGAUGAGGGCAUCGACGUGUAUUUCGUCCCGGAGUUCGAGAAGGAGCCGGUGGGAGACGGCGGGGAGAGGACCGUUGUGUUGUUCAGGGUGUGCAAGGCGGCGGGAAGCGCGGCGACGGGGGUCAAGUAG